UGUACAUUCUGUGGGUGAAACGGUUUUUAAGCCAACUGCUCAGUUUUGAAAGACCGCAAUUACAGGAUCACUUGGGCGUUGAAUCUUCUAUCUUUUCAGUUUCUUCAUCUGCCAUCCGACACUCAUUGAAUCAUUGAUGCUUCUUACCUGCAAAACCAGUAGAGUAAACAUUUGGUGGUGCUUGAAAACUUAGCUCUGCUUUUGAGAGAAACAUACAUACAGAUCAAGCCAUCAAGCUGUACUUGUUCUAAACCUUCCCUUAUAGUUAAUUUCUUUUAAUUGUCUAUUGCUUCAAAUUACUUUUCUAUAAUUUUCCUUUCCCCUGUUUUAACUAACAAUUCUCUAUCAUUUUAUACUCAGUAUCAAUAAAUUCCUUAGAAAAGAACAAAUUUAGCAUUUCUCUCAACCUCUCUUAGUAUUAUUGCUCGUUGCUAUCUGUCUGCUACAAGCUAGACUACGAUCAUUCAGGGUUUGCUCUUAAAAACUUUAACUUUGAUAGUUGUUUGUUGUGUGUCUUUCUCUCUUUGUUUUCAUUAUUAAUUAGCCAUGCUUGCCAUGCUUUUAUUCUCAGUGUGAAGCUAGAUUUUGUUUAUUAAGCUUUUCUCUCAAACAUUUACUGAAUUUUUUGUUAUAUAAUUUUGUCCAACUCCAAUUCUUUUUCUUUCAUUUCCCUUGCAUCCUAAGUACCCUUUCAUUGUACAGCUUUACUUGUAAAAAAAAAAAAAAGAGAGAGAGAGAGAGAGUGUGUCUGUACAAGUAUUUAUCGGCAAUGGCUGAGGAAAUAGUUACGAGUACUGCCGCGCAACUUGCAUCAGAAGCUACAGUGUCGGCAUGCGAUUUGCUUAAACAGCAUAUAUCAUAUGUGUUCAAGUACCAGAGCUACAUCAACGACCUCAAAAAACUAGUCGAGGAGCUCAGAAAUAAAAAAGAAACAGUGGAGAAACCUGUAGAGUUAGCUGAAAGACAGGGGGGAGAGAUUUAUAAAGCUGUUAAGAAAUGGUUGAGUGAUGUAGAUGAGUUUACUGAAAGGGUAGCAAACGCCAUCAUUGAGGAUGAAGAUAAAGCAAACAAGGGCAGCUGUUUAAAAUUGAAGUCAUGUCCUAAUUUGAUUCAACGUUACAAGCUUGGAAAGGAAGCGGUGAAAGCUGCAGUGAGUGGGGCCGAUCUGUUAGGGAAAGGCAACUUCCGUAGUGUUUCCUAUCGUCCUGCUCUACAGAGGACAGAAUCCAUGUAUGUCAGAGGCUACGAGGCCUUUGAUUCCAGAGAGCAAGUUUUGCAAGAAAUUUUGGACACCUUGAAGGAUGCUAAUGUUAACAUGGUCGGGGUGCAUGGGAUGGGAGGUGUGGGAAAAACUACACUGGUAAAAAAAGUAGCUUGGCAGGUGAAGGAAGACAAGUUAUUCCAUGAGGUGGCCAUUGCUGAGGUAACACAAACCCCAGACUACAAAAAAAUUCAAGAAAAACUUGCUUCCGAUUUAGGCUUGGAAUUUUGUCAGGAGAGUGAAUAUCAGAGAGCUAGUCAACUACGUUCCAGGAUAAAGAAGGAGAAGAGUUUACUUAUAAUACUGGAUAAUAUUUGGACAAAACUUGAUUUGGAUGCAAUUGGAAUUCCUUUUGGGGAUGCUGAGAAAGGAGGAAAAGAUGAUCUUUUUUGGGAUGCUGAGAAAGGAGGAAAAGAUGAUCUUUUUUGGGAUGCUGAGAAAGAAAGAAAAGAUGAUAAGAUCAGGCCAUGCACGAUAUUGUUAACUUCAAGAAAUAGGGAUGUAUUAAGCAAAGAUAUGAAGACUCAGAAGAACAUCUUUGUAAGUCCUUUAUCUGAAGAUGACGCAAGGAAUUUGUUUCGGAAGAUUGUGGGUGAUUCUGUAGAAAGCUCUGAUUUUCAUCCUUUAGCAGAUGAGUUUGCUACAAAAUGUGCAGGUUUACCGAUUGCAAUCUCAACAAUUGCAAAUACAUUGAAAAAUGAGAGUCUUCACUUUUGGAAGGAUGCCUUGGCUCGACUUAAAAGGUCUAAUCCAAGACAUAUUCCAGAUAUGGAAGAAAGUGUAUAUUCUACUAUAGAGCUGAGUUACAAUUUUCUGAAAAUUGAGGAAGCUAAAUCACUAUUUCUUCUUUGUGCUCUAGCAGAUGCUGGUAGUAGCAUGUCCACUGGUGACCUAUUAAAAUAUAGUAUGGGUUUGAAUUUGUUUGGAGAUGUAUAUACAUUGGAAGAAGGAAGGGAUAGAUUGCAUAGUUUGAUAGAUUAUCUCAAAGCUUCUUGCCUGUUGUUGGACGAUGGCAAUGACCAUGUUGUUAAAAUGCAUGAUAUUAUUCAUGAUGUUGCUGUGUCGAUUGCUUCGACAGAGAAAUUCAUGUUUAAUAUUCAAAAUGUCAUUUGCUUGAAAGACAUGUUGGGGGAGAAAGUACCAAAACAUUCAACUGCUAUUUCUCUACCCUAUAGAGAUAUUUAUGACGAGCUUCCUCAACGGUUAGAAUUUCCCAAACUAAAGUUGUUCUUCCUAUUGAUGAAAAAUCACUCACUACAAAUUCCAGAUGCUUUUUUUGAAGAAAUGAAAGAACUCAGAGUUUUAAAUCUUACCAGAUUUCAAUUCUUUUCAUUACCUUCAUCCCUUUCUUGCCUAAAAAACCUUAAGACAUUGUGUCUGGACAAUUGCCUGUUGGAGGAUUUAAGAAUUUUAGGAGAGCUAAGUAAAUUAGAAAUUCUUAGCUUCUCGGGGUCUCACAUUAAACAGUUGCCUACAGAAAUCGGACGGUUGACUUGGUUAAAGUUAUUAGAUUUGAGCAAUUGUAUAAACCUUAAAUACAUUGCACCACAUGUCCUCUCUUGCUUGUCUCGAUUAGAAGAACUAUAUAUGGGCAACUGCUUUGUUCAAUGGGAAGUUGAAGGAGUGGAUAAUCAAGGACGAAGAAAUGCUAGCCUUGAAGAGUUAAAACAGUUGUCGAACAUAACAACUUUACAUCUUCAUGUUCAAGAUGCUCGAGGUAUGCCACAAGACUUUUUCUUCAAGAAAUUGAAAAGUUAUCAUUUAUUUGUUGGAGAUAAAUGGAAGUGGUCUGAUAAAUAUUGCAGUUCAACUUCAAGAACAUUCAAACUGAAGAUAAGUGAUAAUGUUUAUUUGGGGCAAGGAAUUAAAAGUUUGUUGGAGAUGACUGAAGAUCUCUUUCUUGAGGAAAUGAAUGGAGUUAGAUGUGUUGUUUAUGAACUCAAUGUGGAUGGUUUUCCACAUUUAAAGCACCUGCAUGUAAUGGACAGUCUUAAUAUUUUGUAUAUCAUUAACUCAGUUGCUUGGAAGGUAGCCUUUCCCAAGUUGGAGUCCUUGAUCCUUUGUAAUUUGAUUAAACUGGAGAAGAUAUGUCAUGGUCAACUCAAUGCAAGGUCCUUUAGCAAAUUAAAGAUCAUAAAAAUAGAAAAGUGUGAUAGAUUGGAGUAUCUCUUUUCAUCCUUCAUGGUAAAAAAUCUUAUGCAGUUGCAAGAAAUUGAAGUGACUGAUUGUAAGAACCUAAAAGAGCUUUUUGGUGAAGAAAAUGAUUACCACGGUGAUGAAAUUGAAAUGAAUGAUAAGAUAGAGUUCAAUCAACUGUGUUCAUUGACUUUACAACGCCUACACAAAUUCAAUAAGAUCGAUUCUAACUUGGCGGUUGUCUUUCCAAGAUUGGAGAACUUGCAACUGUGUUCAAUUAAUAUUGACAAUACAUGGCUUGAUCGAUCUCUAUCAAUAUUUUCUUAUAGUCAGUGCUUGAAAAGUUUAAGCAUUGAGGAGUGUCAUGGCUUGAAUUAUUUGUUUUCAUCUGCUAUGGUCAAAAGUCUUAAUGAACUCCAAAAGUUGGUGAUAAGCAAUUGUAAGUCAAUGGAAGUAAUAGUCAACUCAAAAGGAAUACAAGGAGAAGAAAAGAUAAUCGAUAUGAGUUUUCCUAAACUGUUGUACAUGAAGCUUACAUUUUUGCCAGAACUCACAAGUUUUGGCAUUGGGAAGUUAAUUGAAUUCCCCUCCUUAAAAGAACUUCACAUUGAGAGAUGCUCUAACUUGAAGACAUUCUUGUGCAAAUCUUCUCAUCCAGACACUGUGAGAGAAGAAGGAGAAGUGAAUUUGGAAAACUACUUUAUGAAUAUAAAUCCUCUCUUUGAUGAAAAGGUUGCUUUUCCCAGCUUGGAGGAGAUGGUGCUCUUAGACUUGGAUAACUUGCAGCUGAUAUGGCACAACCAAAAACUCCAUGGGAAAUCCUUUUGCAAACUAAAAGUAGUGAGAGUCGAAUCCUGUGAAAAGUUAUUGACUAUUGUUUCAUCUAAUACUCAAGGAAAUCUGAGCUUUCGCAAUCUAAAGAGAUUGACAGUUAGAGAUUGUCGGAGUAUGAAUAGUCUCUUUCCAGUUUCUACUGCUACUGGUCUAGUGCAACUUGAACAUCUAGAAAUACGUUUUUGUGGGUUGGAGAAAAUUGUUUCUGAGGAGGAAGUUAUGGGAGCCCCAACAUUUUUGUUUCCACAAUUAAAAUCUAUCUACCUUAUCUAUUUAAAGGAGCUCAAAUAUUUCUACCCACGGUGGAAUACAAUAGAGUGGCCGAUGCUAAGCACUUUGGAAAUGUCUGAUUGCAAAAAGAUAAAAGUUCAUGAUUUUGAAUUUUCUAGCUUUCAAGAAAGAGACGAGGAGAGGCAACCUCCUAUUUUUUAUUUGGAAAAGGUCAUACCGAAUUUAGAAACGCUGGAUUUAGACGCUGAUGACUUUGGAUUGGCAUUCCUUCACAGUAAUCUAGCUGAGAGACUUGGCAAGCUUAAACAUCUCGAGUUGAGUUACUUUGAUGAUGAAUCUGGUUCUUCUCUGGUCAAUUUCCUUCAAAAAUUAAAUUGUUUGGAAUCACUAGAUAUUUGUUGGAAUAGUUCAAAAGAGCUAUUCCCUUACAAGCAAGGACAUAUAUGGAAACAAGAUUUCCGAGGGGACUCAUUUCUUCAGAAUCUUCAAAAGUUAUCUGUAUAUGGAUGUGAUUGUUUGACAAUUUCAAUGCCAUCUUCAACAUCUUUCAAAAAUCUUAAAAAUUUAUCCGUACACUGGUGCAAUGGAUUAGACAAGGCCCUAACAUGUGAAGCAGCCAAAACUCUUGUAAAUAUCACAGCAUUGGUUAUAAAAAAGUGUAAGUUACUGACAGGAGUAGUGGCAAGUGAGGGAGACCAAGAAGAAGAGAUUGUUUUUGGCCAAUUAAAAACUUUGGAGCUUUCCUGUUUGUCAAGCCUCACUUCCUUUUGUUCAGCCAAUUAUUCCUUCAAAUUCCCUUGUUUGGAGCAAGUUAUUGUGAGUCAAUGCCCAAAAUUGAAAAUCUUUUCUCAAGGAGCAUUAAGCACACCAUUACUAAAGAAAAUACAGUUGACAGAAGAAUAUAAUCAUCAAGAAUUUUUUUGGGAGGAUGAUCUCAAUUCUACCAUCCAGCAAAUAUUUACAAAGAUGGUUGGCUAUCGUAACUUUGAACAUUUGACACUCUCUGAAUUUCCCAAUAUAAAAGAAAGAAUAUGGAAUGGUCAGUUACCAAACAACUUUUUCGAGAAUUUAAAGUCUCUGGUGGUGGAUACAUUUUUAGAUAUAUCAACUGGUAUUUCAUCCAAUGUGUUAUGCUGCUUCAAAAAUCUGGAAUUGUUGAAAGUAAAAAGUUGUGAGUCACUUGAACAAGUGUUUGAUUUGGAGGAAAGUCAUCAAGAAAUUUCAGGCUUACAGAAAUUGAAAUCAUUGAAAAUUGACAAUUGCAACAGCUUGAGAUCCAUAUUUACUCCAGCUAUACUGUUGGGUCUUGUUCAACUCCAAGAGGUAAAGGUGAAAAACUGUGCAUUAAUUGAAGAAAUCAUCAAAAAGGAAGAGAAAAAGGAUGGAGUGAGUGAUAAAAUUAUAAUUCCUAAAUUAAACUCUGUUAAGCUUGAGUCAUUGCCUAGCUUGACAAGCUUCUAUUCUGGAAGAAAUGUUUUGGAAUGUCCUCCCUUGGAAACUAUUAUCAUUAAGGACUGUCAAAAGGUCCAAAUGAAUGAGUUCAAUAUUCAUCUUGCUGCAUUUUUCACUGAAAAGGUUGACAUUCCCGCCUUGGGAUCAUGUUCUUGCUUCCAGAAUGUAACAAUCUUGCACAUCGGUGGCUUUGAUCAUUUGAAAUAUUUAUUCCCACCUUCUAUGUUGAAAAGUUUUUUCAAACUGAAGGAGCUUGAGAUCUCUAAUUGUACGUUCAUGGAAAGAGUAAUUGAUGAAGAUGAUGGGAGAACAAGAACGAUGUUGUUUCCUAAAUUAUGGUGGCUGGAGCUUAGAGAUCUUCCAAGACUCAUAACAUUCUACAAUUCCACUGCAAGUUUUGUAGAAAUGUCCUCCUUAUUAGGACUCUGGAUUAACAAUUGCCCUGGUAUUCAAACAUUCAUCUCUAGUUCUAUAUAUGGUGAUUUGACAGCAUCAAGUAAAGAACUUGAAGGAUUGACUGCAAAGGAGGACUCUACCCACAUGGUAUCUCUUUUUGAUAAGAAGGUAAGACUCCCUAGUUUGAAGACAUUGGAAAUCACCCAUGCUGAUCAGUUGGUAAAAUUAUGGGACAAUCAAGUCUCUUUGGAUUCAUUUGGAAAAUUAAUUAGAGUGACCGUAGGAUUUUGUAAAAGACUCGUAAGUGUUUUUCCGGCUAACAUGCUCGGGAGUCACCAAAAACUAGAAUUUUUGGAAGUGCAAAACUGUGAUUCAGUUGAAGAGAUAUUUGAAGUACUUGAGAAAAGCUCUGUCAUGGUGGAGGAAAAUUUCGCCAAGGAGGAAACAAUCCCUAGGUUUGUGUUUUCUAAAUUAACCUGGUUGUAUCUACAGAUGCUACCAAGUCUCAAAAGUUUCUACCCGGAGAAACAUAUUUCAGAAUGGCCAGAUUUAGAAGUGUUGAAGGUGCAUGGAUGUAAUAACGUGAAGAUCAUUGCUUCAGAAUCAUUGAGCAUCCCAGGGAGUGAUGGAGAGAGUCAACAAACACUGUUUUUUGUUUACAAGGACGCAUUCCCUAGCUUGAAAGAACUAGAAUUAUGUGAAAUGCCCAGGCUAUCGCAUCUGUGGAGAGGAAAUUUUCAGCCUUGCCAUGCCUUUCAAAAUCUCAGGACUCUAAAAGUGUCAGAAUGUAGCAGUUUAGAAAAUUCCUGUUUCUCAAUGUUGCCUCUCCAGAAUUUAGGAACUCUACUAGUUUCCCAGUGUGAUGGGUUGAGAUAUUUACUGACACCCUCAAAAGCUAAAACUCUGAAUCGACUUAAAAGAAUGAAUGUCUCGGAAUGCAAAUCGAUGGUGGAAAUCAUAACACAUUUGGGAGAUGAAGUAGUAGAGAAUUCAAUUGUUUUCGGCAAAUUGGAUUGUUUGGAACUUCACUGUUUGUCCAGCCUUAAAAGCUUUUGUGGUGGGGAUUAUUCUUUUGAAUUUCCAUUCUUGGAAAAAGUAGUAGUCAGAAAAUGCUUGGAGAUGGAGACUUUUUGUCAUGGAGUUUUAAGCACACCAAAUCUCCAAAGACUACAGUUGACAGAUGGAGAAGAGGAUGCAGUAGAAGAAUGUUGGGAAGGCAACCUUAAUUCCACCAUACAAUAUUUGUUCAGAAAUAUGAAUGUGCAGUACUCCAAAGAAGAUUGAAGUCCUUCCUUUUCUAGUGGGUGAUGUACCACACCUCCAUUUCCUCCAGGUGGAGAGGGACUCUGUUUCUACUAUCUCAACUGAUUUUAUCUUCACAUUUUGUUGAAGGUGGAAUGCCCUCUGUAUACAUAUUUGUUCUGUUGUUGUAGAUGAGUUUGUUUUAUGUAUGCCAAUUUCUACAAGUUGCCAAACAUUUUGGGCAAACAAGAAACAAUAUGCAGUUUGUUAACUUCAAUGUGUAUGCUUUAUUGAAUACUUUAUCCCAGGAACAACAAUGAUUUUAAAGUUAAACGAGGAUAUUUAAU